AUGAUUUCACCUCGCAAGCAAGUGGCGCACGCCAAUGCCACCAAACAAAAGCACAGAAAGAAACGCGGUCGAGCGUCCGACAUCAGCUUCAGCGUCAAUGCUGGCGACGGCGACGGCGAACCUCCCUCCACUCCUCGCAACCGUUUUGCGCCUCAGCCUCAUGCCGACAUCAUUUCCCCUUUCGGCCACCGAUCUGUCCAAAACUCGCCCAUGUCCGCUCAACCUUCCUCCCCUUCCGUCAUCCUCUUCAGCGGUCCUGCUAACCGUGGCUUCGAGCGAGUCCACGAUGAAACGUUCCCGCACGAUCUACAGCUCCUUCAAAACAUGGCCAGAUCCAAGUUCAAGCUUGCACCCACUGCUCCCGUCGAGAUGAGCUACGUCAACCCGGACGGCGUCGUCUGCGACCUAAACGAUCAGUACGAUCUCAGGGCGCUUGCUGUACAUGCCAAUCUUGCUCAGAAGCUCAAGGUCCUCGUCACGUCGUCCGAACUUUCGAGUUCAUCUCCUGCGUUAGAUUCGGUUCCAAACGGUUCAUCAACUUCGGAUCCAAUCCAGGUAUUGCAAUCCAACAGUCCCAAUGAAUCGACACCUACUGCCACACCGGUGCUUCCGCACGGCAACGGGCACCCUACUGCUAAGCGCAAACGCAAGGACGAUUCGCCGCCACCCACAGCUUCUUCUUCCGACCCAAAACCACAUGCUUCCCCAGCAGCCCCCAUGGCCAAGAAGCACAAGGGUCGACCACACACAUUGAAUGCCUGUACACCUGCACCUACACCUGCCCCUCCCGCUCUAAGCGCAUCGCCAUCCGUUCCCGUUCAAGUUGCACCUCCUCAAGCGCCAGCCUCACAGCCAGCUGAGAAUGUAGUAACCGUUCAAGAGCAAGUCCCUGCAGAGACACCGAAACGCGGCCGUCCGAGAAAGAGUGCAGCGCCGGCUUCUCUCCCAGCUUUUCAGUGCGCAUCCGGUGGGUCAGCAGAGGUUCCUGUAGCGACGCCAAAACGUGGCCGUCCGAAGAAGAGCGACGCCACCACUACCUUUCAGACUGCCACCUCGGCUGCGCCGGCAGAGGAAUCCGCUAGCAGCAGUGCAAGGGCAGUGACGGCCUCGGUAGUUCGACCGGCCAGUACUCAGCUAGAUGAAGCUUCUACUUCCUCGCAGCCAGAAUCUGCAAAUUCCAGUCAAGCGAAAGCUGCAAAGUCUCCAGCCGCCGCCAAGCCUCGUGGGCGGACCGCAAAGAAGGCUCUCGAGGUUGCCGAGGACGCCGCGCCAAGUGCUGCCGAAGCUCCUCAAGAAGCUGCAGCCCGAGCAGUUACUGCGCCCUCAAUUGUCUCUGAGACCCCUGCACCACCAGCAAAGAAGGGGCGUGUCUCAAAGGCUGCCACGGCGACACCUGCUCCCCCCACCGUGAGCGUGCCACCAACGCCGUCAGAGGUGGUCGCAGCACCUGUCAACGGGGCUGCGACGCCUCGGGGUGUCUCGAUUGCAACAACUCCUGACGCAGCUACUCCCACUGUCCCUGAAGCUGCAGCAGCGCCGGUCAAAAGAAAGCCUGGACGACCGAGUAAUGCCGCCAAAGCGGCGGCAGCGGCUGCUGCUGCUGCUGCUGAGAGCUUGCGUCUCUCACAGACUGACGCUACGCCAGAUUCCGCAAAUGAGGCACCGACAGCACCUGUCGCUCCGAUAGAGGCAAAUCCAGAGACACUCGACGACGUUCCAGCUCCGCCGGCUAAGAAACCCGGUCGCCCACCCAAGACGGUUAAGAUCACCGAGCCUAGCAAAGCUGCUGAUGCCUCUGCUGCCGUUGCUGCCGAAUCUGCUCCAGCUAUUCUGGAAGUAGCAAUUAGCACAGCAGAGACCGCACAGUCGGGACAGGACACAGUCAGCGCAGCGGGUGCUGCUGCUGCCAACGGCGCCGAUCAGACCCUGCCGAGCGGUUCCGGCUUGCCAGUCCCAGAAACAAUUCCAGAAGAGACAGCUGGCCCUUCGCCCUCAGCAGCGUCGGAACGAUCUACCAUCACUUCCAAACCUCAAGCUUCCAAAGCGAAGAGGACCCCCGCUGCAGCAAAACCCCUCGUGGCCGCUGACUCGUGCAUGGUCUGUGGUGCUGAGCCGUCGCACGACGACGACGACCAGUGCCCUAUCUGGCAGGGCGGCUCGCAGGCGAUCCUAGACCUUCUCGCCAUGUUGCGAGGCAAGAAAAGCAAGACCAGGAACGACAAGGAGGUCGUCAAAGUAUUGCACAGCUGGCUUAGCAAACAGUUUGGCGCGCCCUCUAUCGACUUUAGCGCAAGCCAAGACACGACAAAGUCCUCGCAGGCGACUCCCAGCGCUCCAGUUGCAACUUCGUUCGCUCCAACAAUCGCCGAUGGCAUUUCCAGCCGAGCUGAUGCAACUCCGGCUCCAGCGGGCGACUCUGUCGACACCGACCGGAAGUCUUCAGCAGCUGCCAAGAAGGAGUCGCGUCCGAAGGCCGCGGCUUCCGAGCCUGCUGCGGCGAGCAAGGUUGUUCUGGUUCGCGCGACGCCCGAGCCGGGGUUACCAUCACCUGGUACUGCAGCGAACCCUACGGAUGCAGAGACGGCGCCGGCUUCCGCCUCGCCUGUCAAACCGGCAGCACGCGUAGCACGCGGUCAGGGCAAGAAAGCAGCCUCUGGUGCAACAGCGAAAUCGACAAAGAAGGCUGCCGCGGAGACCACAACCGCCACCGAGACCGAGCCUGAGCCUACGAUUGCUCUAACGCCGUCGUCAGCGGCGCAGCCGAGCUCCUCGCAGUCUUCCGGGGCGCCUGGUACCGGGCUGAGAGCACCUUCCGAGUCGUCGGAAGCCGAGCUGGCUACCAGCCCGAUGCUUUCAGCUGUGCCACCUGCCAACGACGAUGCGGAUGUGGAUGAGAUGCCCUCGCAAUCUCACACCCGACCUAGCACUGCAGCGGAGCAAUUGGCGGAAAGACAGCGGAGGAUGAAGCUCGCUGAUGAAGCUGCUCCUGCUGCUCACGCGCCCUCGUCGAGCCCGAGAUCGAGAUCCGCUUCGAUAACGAGCUCGGACUCCUCGCAUGGUGGCGACAGCAGCGAUGAGGAGACAGAUCGACAGAGCGAUGUUGAAGCGACUACGCCCAAUGCUGAUCGCAAGGCGAUAGUGAAGCGGACAAAAGCGGUGUCGAGCAAGGCGCCACCUUCGCCAGCAGCGUCUGCCCAGCCGCGUCGAGCCACGGCAAGCAAGGGAGCGACAUCAUCGGACUCAAGCGGUACUUCGUCUUCGGAAUCCGAAACGGAGUCGGAGCCUGAGAUGACGCAGAAGAGCGCAUCUCAGAGCGCUCCAAACGGGCUUAAGUUCAAGACGCCCAGCACAAGCAAAACAUCGCAACGUUUUACCGCUCCUCACAAUCCGUUUCUGCGUGGGUUGACGCCGGUUUCGACGAAACAGAGCAAUGCCACUGCUGGCAGCAGCAGUCAGCGACCGACGCCAUUUACGAGGUUGUCGGAACUCAAGCCUGCUACGCUGCGUCAGAACCUUUCGCAGCCGGGUUCGCCUUUGAGCACGGGUGGUUCGACGCCGCUUAGCGCGUCUAGUCAGAUGCCGUUUUUCUCGAGUCAGCAUGUACUCAAAGGAAACGGCAGCGCCAAUGGAGACGUCAUCGUAGCAGCAACCGCGGGAGCACCCGAGAUGGGCGAGCAAGCCAGUGCUUCUGACGAUGACGACGACGAAAGCAGCUCCUCGUCGUCUUCGUCGUCGUCGGAGGACGAUGUGCCAGCAAGGGGCGCCAAACAGUCAGCUAGAGGCGGUGCUGCGUCGGCGGUAGCCAAACGAGCCGGAAAGCGUGUCGGUACCACGAUGGGCAAGCCGGCGGCUACCAAGAAGCGGAACAAGGUGUUUGACGUGUUUAGCUGA